AGCACUCUGUCAGAGGAAACAGGCGGAAAAGAACUUUUCUCCAUAUAGCUGCUCUGACAUACAUGCUGUUGAGGGUCAAUGACCGGAGCCAUAGGCCCUGAAGACUCUAGCCGAGCAGACAAGACCAGAAAUGCCAAAGCUUGAGGACACUGGCUGAAGGAAUGGUAGCAAGGCAAAAAUGGACCCUGUAAAUGGACAGAGGCAUGAGCAAGCAUGCAAAACCAACACUGAGACAUAGUCAACCAUUUUUGGAUAUUUGGAGAAAACUAAGGCUUCAUAGACGACCAUCACAAAAUUGUUCAACUUCAAAAUGUCCUUUGGGAGAGAUAUGGAGCUGGAGCAUUUUGAUGAGCGUGAUAAAGCGCAGCGAUAUGGCAGAGGGUCCCGGGUAAAUGGUUUGCCCAGCCCUACUCACAGUGCUCACUGCAGCUUUUACCGAACCCGUACUCUACAGACCUUGAGUUCUGAGAAAAAAGCCAAGAAAGUUCGUUUCUAUCGUAAUGGAGACCGGUAUUUCAAAGGAAUUGUAUAUGCGAUCUCCCCUGACCGAUUUAGAUCCUUUGAAGCUCUCCUGGCUGAUCUGACCCGAACUCUGUCUGACAAUGUGAAUCUGCCCCAGGGAGUGAGAACAAUCUACACAAUUGAUGGCUCCAAAAAGAUUUCCUCCUUGGAUCAGCUAGUAGAAGGGGAAAGCUAUGUAUGUGGUUCCAUAGAACCCUUCAAGAAACUGGAGUACACAAAGAAUGUAAACCCAAACUGGUCAGUGAAUGUUAAGACAACUUCUACUUCUCGAUCAGUGCCGUCUCUUGCCACUGCUAAAGGAGGUACUCCAGAAGCAAAAGAAAAUAAGGAUUUCAUUAGGCCUAAACUAGUCACUAUCAUCAGGAGCGGAGUGAAGCCACGGAAGGCAGUCCGGAUUCUGCUUAACAAGAAGACAGCACAUUCAUUUGAACAGGUUCUUACUGAUAUAACUGAUGCCAUCAAGCUGGAUUCAGGGGUGGUUAAACGCUUAUACACACUAGAUGGAAAACAGGUGAUGUGCCUUCAGGAUUUCUUUGGCGAUGAUGACAUUUUUAUUGCAUGUGGACCAGAAAAGUUCCGUUACCAGGAUGAUUUCUUGCUGGAUGAAAGUGAAUGUCGGGUGGUGAAAUCCACUUCCUAUACCAAAAUAGCUUCGACUUCACGUAGGAGCACCACCAAGAGCCCAGGCCCAUCCCGACGCAGCAAGUCCCCUGCUUCUACCAGCUCAGUGAAUGGAACCCCUGGUAGCCAGCUUUCUACUCCCCGCUCUGGGAAGUCUCCAAGUCCAUCUCCUACCAGCCCAGGAAGCCUACGGAAACAGAGGAGCUCCCAACACAGUGGCUCCUCUACCUCAUUAGCAUCCACCAAAGUUUGCAGCUCUAUGGAUGAAAAUGAUGGACCUGCAGAAGAAGUGUUGGAGGAAGGUUUCCAGGUUCCAGCAUCGAUAGCAGAGCGAUAUAAAGUUGGAAGGACUAUAGGAGAUGGAAAUUUUGCUAUUGUGAAGGAGUGUAUAGAAAGAUCAACUGGUAGAGAAUAUGCUCUGAAAAUAAUCAAAAAAAGUAAAUGUAGAGGAAAAGAACACAUGAUCCAGAAUGAGGUGUCUAUUUUAAGAAGAGUCAAGCAUCCCAAUAUUGUACUUCUGAUUGAGGAGAUGGACAUGCCAACCGAGUUGUACCUUGUCAUGGAACUUGUAAAGGGAGGAGAUCUUUUUGAUGCCAUUACUUCUACCAACAAAUAUACAGAGCGGGAUGCCAGUGGAAUGCUUUACAACCUGGCCAGUGCCAUCAAAUACCUCCACAGCCUGAACAUUGUCCACAGGGAUAUCAAGCCAGAGAAUCUACUGGUUUAUGAACACCAAGAUGGAAGCAAGUCCCUGAAGCUAGGAGACUUUGGCCUAGCAACAAUUGUGGAUGGACCUCUGUAUACUGUUUGUGGGACCCCAACAUAUGUAGCUCCAGAAAUCAUUGCCGAAACUGGAUAUGGCUUGAAGGUGGACAUCUGGGCAGCAGGUGUGAUUACUUACAUCCUGCUCUGUGGUUUUCCUCCAUUCCGUGGAAGUGGAGAUGACCAAGAAGUGCUUUUUGAUCAGAUUUUGAUGGGACAGGUGGAUUUUCCAUCUCCAUAUUGGGACAAUGUUUCUGACUCCGCAAAGGAACUUAUCACAAUGAUGCUUCAAGUAGAUGUAGAUCUGCGAUUCUCAGCCUUGCAAGUUCUUGAGCAUCCAUGGGUUAAUGAUGAUGGUCUUCCAGAGAAUGAACAUCAGCUCUCGGUAGCUGGGAAGAUAAAGAAGCAUUUCAACACAGGCCCUAAACCGAACAGCACGGCAGCUGGAGUUUCUGUCAUAGCAACCACCGCUCUUGAUAAGGAGAGGCAGGUUUUCCGACGAAGACGCAACCAGGAUGUGAGGGGACGUUAUAAGGCACAACAAGCUCCACCUGAACUCAACUCCGAAUCGGAAGACUAUUCACCAAGUUCAUCCGAGACUGUUCGCUCACCUAACUCACCCUUUUAAUAAAACACUUUUACUCAAAAGUUUUGGCUUUAACCCUUUGAGACCCUGAAAAUCCUUCGUACUUAUGUGAAGUUAUUACAGCUGUUCUGUCCAGCAGUAAAUGCUGGGAUGGUAAAACACAAAAGGGUGCUCACAGAAUAUUUGUAAGAAUAAUUUCCUAAUUGAUUGAAAUACUUGUUCUCUUGUUUAGAUUGCAACUUGCUGCUAAUACUAUCCUCAAAGGGUUAAGGCUAUUUUGCUUUUUUAUUUAAAGAUAGAAGCAGUGAAUGUUUUCAUCAGUGAAGCUAGGAACUGCAGUAUGUAAUUUUAGCACAUGUUAACCCUCUGAGUAAACAAUCAACUUAAAUCUUGACAACCCACAUUAGGGCUUUAUUCUGGCUUUUUUGCUUUUAUGCGCACAUAUCUUUUAUAGUACCCUAACGUUUCUUGCCUGUGUCUGGCCAAGAAAAUAUCCAACACACUAUUGCUUAGGGGUUAGAAAUAUAGGCUUUAAAAAUGAAAAUAAUAUUAAGCAAACAGUGUCUUCUACAGCAGCUCAUUCUAAACCUGCAUCAUGCUUCCAUAUGGAACGACUGUUGUAGGAGGACAUUAUGCAAGUUAAAUGGGACAUUCAGUUUAGAGCAGCCUCAUAGUUUACAGAAGAUGACAUGAUGAUGGCCACAAAUGGUUGCUUCCAUGUCGUUUGCUGCUAAUGACAAUGCAGAAUCUUCGGAAAUGGCUCGAGGACACGUUGUGUCAUUUAAUGGUACAUAACAAUCUAGUUGAGAAGUUCCUGGUUCCUUUGCCUCACAUUCAGAAUUGUACGGGCAUCCUCUGAGCUUGACCUGAUUAUUCCAGGAGAGUCAUUUUUUAAGACAAACAUUGAUGAGAAUUACCUUUAAAAUAGCUAAAAUAUUUCUAAAUUGGGGAAAAUACAAGUCAUUUAAUAUAUAUGUAAAGCUUAAACUGAAUUAGCAAAAGUUUUUUCAUACAAUGGAGAAACUAAAAAUGAUUCACCAGUUCUAUUUGUAAUAUUUAAUAAACUGGACAUUUACAUGGAGUGUACAUAUUUCUGGUUUGUUAAAACCUCAGCACAGCAUUGUAGCAUUUCAUUUAACAAUUAUCCUAAAGUGGACUUCGAUGGAAAUAUUACACUUUGUAGACUUUUGCUUCAGAUGUGAUAAUUUUAAAGAAAAAAUAUUAUAAAAUCACUUUGGAACUUCCAAAAUCCUAUUCUAAAAUAAAGAACAAGAUUAUGUAAUUUAUACUUUCUUUUACUACUCAUAUAAAAUAUAAGUUUUUUUUUCUCUAAAGUUAAAAUUUUCUCACAGUGUUUUCAGCAAGUCAUAUUAAUGUGAUUUCUUCUCUGUUCUUUCUCCCUUUUUCUUUCACUUCAUACAGCUAGAAAUAUUAAUAUGUUGCCCAAAAGGAUACGUAGACUUUCUGAUCUCACUGGGAAGUAUAAAUGCUUUGUAGAGGAACAUGGAAAGUUGCCCACAGUGCCAUUUCCAUUCUGAGUUGUGUAUGGUUAUAGAACUGUCGCUAUGAGCAGUGUAGCUGCAGCUUGUUGGAGCUAGUGUAAUGCUCUUUUGCAUUUCUGGUUGGAAGCAUCAGUUGACUGGUAUUCCAAGAAGCAUUUAAAUUGUUUUGUUUCUCCAUCCUUUAAAAUGCAUCUUUCAUUGUCUCAGUCAUGAAAAUUUAUAUAUUAAAAGCUCUGAAGAUUUCAAAUACAGGAAUUUCAUCUUGUGAGUCUUCACACAAGUGGUACAAGUAUUUCAUACAGAAUGCAGUUAAUUUCGCUCAAUCUUAAUAAUCUAGAAGUGGGACAUUUGGUCAAAACUAGAUCUCCAGGAUCUCUUGGUAAUACAGAGAGACGAGCGUUUCCAGGUUUGAUUAAUCUCAUCUGUUAUGGACAUGCAUUUUUAGGCAGGACUCAUGCUUCUAUUCACCCAUUGUUCUCACUCUGUUGACUAUAGAAAGAACUGUGUGAGAUCAAGAGUUUAGUAGAAAGAAUCUCACCCUAAGCCAUAACAACACUCAUCUGUCCAUGGACGAAGGUCUUUGCACAGCCUUAGCCACUGUGUUUGCAGAUUUUAGGGUUUCAGAGGGGGCUACAUCUGUGGCAGAUCCUUGAUCAUGCCCAUCCAACCUAGAUUCACAGCAGAGAGCAGACUCUUGGUAGAUAGGACACAGCCGGCACCAUUGUGAUGUUAAAGGCUGUAGUUUGAUGGGAUUUGGAUAGUGCAGGGAUUAUUUUUCCAUGGGACCAAGCCCUCAGCCAAGGUAAAUCCCCACUUGCCACGUACCUACAUCCAUUUACGGUAGAUGAGGAUCUGGCACAUGUUUUUUCGGCAUUGCCCUUCCCACAUCACAUCAAAACCUUCUCUUAUAAGAGAUACAAAACAAACAAGUGUCCAUUAAUACCUCAUGCUUCUUGACUAUUGAGAAAAUUUGGCAGUCUUAAAGCAAAGGCUGAUGUUAAUUCUUCUUAAUUAGGGAGGGAAGUCAAGGAAAAAAAGUUUCUCUUUAUGCAUGAGAAAUAUUAUUCAAAACCCAUCUGGGGUUUUCCUGUCACCUUUGCUUUGCAUUGGAAUACAGGGUUCUCAUUAAAAUAAGAUGUUUGGCUCCCUCAUCUUACACCAUCUUGUACUACUUAAAAUGUAUGUAUAAAUAAUCCUAUAUCCCGAAAUCCCUACUCAUCCCUAAUGUCUUCUACGUUUUUGAUCUUUGGUUCAUGUUUUAUGAACAUAACUAUAAAAAUAUUUAUUUUAAGUUAUUUUUAGAUCUAUGAGAGAUUUGGUUUCAAAUUGCUGAUAGCCUCUUUUCAGGCUUCAAGGAAAGGUAUCUAAAUAUUUAAACUAUUUUAAAAGUGGUUUCCAUGAUGGUUUUAAAUAUAUCCAUAUAUAUUUUUAAAUAUAACCAUAUAUAUGUAUGGUUUAAUGGAAAUAAUAAUUGUUCAGGCUUGUUUGGCAGCGACUGUCUCUUUUCUUGUCUAACCUCUGAAUUCCUGGGGGUAAGUGAAGACAGAAUAUAUGGCCUAAAAAUACUUGAAACAUCAGUGAAAAAAAGAAAUCAAAGAUAACAGACUAUUUCUAAUGUGAUAAUCUGGGAGAGCACAUAGCACACUGUGGCUGUUUUACUGUAAUAUAUACCAGUCCUCCUCACUUCUUUCUUCAUUUCCCUUUUGAAUCAUUGCAUCCUAUUGGUGCUAAAUGUGACAAGAAUUUUUUUUUAAUGCUUAUUACAUAUACAAGGCCAACUUCAUCCCACCAAGCCUAUGUAGUUAGCUGAGGUGGAUGGCAGUCACGGUGGGCACCGUCUAUCACCAAGGAGAUGGAGAGAAGCACUUCGAAAGAGUGAUAAAGGUCAUCUAAUAUUUGGUCUCUGGAGAUGCCUGUUGGUCUGAUCUUAGUAUUCACAGAAGAGUGUAACAGGGUCACCUCCAGCUUAAUUCCUCUCAGUUAAAUUUAAGUGGGGAUAAUAUGGACUCCAGUCUAAGUGCAAUAUUCUAGUGAAUUUACAUGCAGUAAGCAAACUUUGAUGUGAAAAUGUGGUGGUGAUAGCAGAGGAUUAGUUAAAUAGUACUGAGCUGAGCAUUCUCUCAUCUAGAUGUAUCCAUCUAAGAGUUAAGCAUCUAAUCUGGGGCAAUCGUCUCAGUUUACUUUACAGUUGCUGGAGACUGGCUUCUCUAGUGCAUAAUUAAAAUCCUAGGAUGGAUGAUUCACUCACUAGAUAAGGUACCUAGCCCAAAUAUAUUUAGAACAUGAUUUAUUAAGUCAUGACAAAUAAAUUAAUACUUCUGUAAGUUACAAUUUUCAUAGCAUUUAUGUACAAAAAAUCCAGAAUUGUAUGGUUCUACUCAGAGGGUUAACAGAAAAGCACUAGGCAUGCUGAGUACAUUGGUGUAUCCAAACUGCUUUGCUUUUUUAGCCAGUGUUUGCUGAUUUUUUCAGAAAAUUCUUGAAAAUUUUCAAGUUUGAAAUAAUUUAAGUGUUGUUGUUUAAGGAAUUUCUAUAACCAAAUUAACCUUAUUUUUAGCUUAACUUAUCACAGGAAUAAUAUGUAUCAUUGAUGCAGUGUAAGUCUGUAGUUAUCAAUUUUAUUAAUUACACAAGUGAUUCCAGAAAUCUCUCUUUUUUUAAGUACUUAAUAUAGAGCUUACAAUGGUGGCAUAGGUGACUGAGACUGUCUUUCUUAUUGGUAAACAAACAUUGUAAUUUCAAGGAAGUCCUAAGAAUCAGCUUUUCAGUUUGGUAGUGUACUAGUUAGGGGAAAACUAUCUCAUGACAUGCAUUGUGUAAAUCAUCUUUGUAGAUGAAGAUUGUUCAUAUUAAUGAACACAUUCUUUUUCCUUGACAUUGUAGCAUAAACUGUUUACUUGUUAAUGAACAACCAAUACAUUAAUUUGCUUCAGACUGUUAGAGGGGAAAGUGAGAUUCCAGUCAUUGAUAAUGUUAUUGCUUUACAGUAGCCCUCAUCUAAUUUAAAUGUGGUGCAUACUACAAUAAGGAAAGCCAAACCUGUGAAUAAACUCCUGAAAAAGCCUGGUGAGUCUUUAUUCAGUUGGGUGCUUGCAUACAGCAGCAUGUGACAGCAGGAAAGCUUUCACAAAUUGUCAGAAUGAAAGCGAUAUAUCCACAAAUAAGAGCUAAAUUGCAAUCCUUCCCCUAUAGGGCAUAUAUGUUUAAAAAGAAACAAAAAUAAAGAAAAAGAAAAGAAAAAUUGGCUCAGAGGUUUGCAGUGCUACUAUAUUACCACAGGGCAAGUACAUUAAAUCAUUGUUAUUUGCUAGCCUGGGGUGUGUGUUAGAAAAUGGCAUCUUUUUUAUUUAGUUUAGAUUGUGGGCAGCGAGAGCUUUCCUAAUAUUAUUGCAGUUCCUGCUAGUGCUGCUGUGGCUAAGGCUGUGUUAGUAUUUCCAUUAUAAACUCUUAGUCUCAAAGGUUUUUAAUUUGAUCGUAAAAAUUUGCUUCAGGCUGAAACUUGGCAUACAAUUUUUCAGUUCGGAGUGAUUCUUUUCCUAAAAUACGAAGGAAAUCAGCUUGACCUUUUCGACAUUUAUUUUCUAAGCGUACACAAACAUGCACACACACACACACACAAAUGGGAGCGGCUUCAAUAAAGGCCAUUUUAUGGAGCUCAUUUCAGAUGUGUUACAUUUUUAGAUGUGUCUCGCAAGUCUUAACUACAAAGGUGACAGCUCAGAACUUUUUGAAAACCAGGGAAAAAACUCAGAGAAAACUUCAUCAAGAACAAAAAUGUUCCACAUGUGGGAGAGUUUUAUUUCGACAUGACAAGCAUUUAAAGUUUGCACAGUAAUGGGUAUAUAUAUAUGCCCUGCUGAAUGCUCGCAUAAUUCCUAAACCCAUUAAUUUAAGUCAAUCCAUGUAGCAAAUGCUAAAUGUGAAUAUGCUGAAUUUCCCUGUAAGACUGGGAGAAGAAGCAAUUUUGUCUUGUGUUUUAGACUUUUAUCAUGGGCAAAGCUGAUGUUACACCAACCCAAAGGGUCCACGAAGAUAAGAAUCAAAGAAAUAUGUUUCUCUUAAGGGGAAAAUAUUGCCUGACUAAGACAGGGUUGAAAGCUCACACUGAAUAAGAGAGGUAUUAAAAGCAGUUUAAAAAGCAUAGGUAUGGAAUCAUUUGAAAACUAUAAAAGUGUGAGGGAGCCACGCAUUGUAAAGAAUCCAUGUGUGGAUCCAAUCAGCUGCUAAUCUGGAGCAAAUUUACAGCUACAAACAGGCAUAAU